GUGAGAGCUGAUGAUGAUGACAACAGUUUGAGCUUCAUUCUUGUAGGAACUUCUGCAAUCAAAUUAGCCCAAUUUACAGACAGCAGCACUGUUAAAAUAAAACUUCACACAAUUUAUCAUCCAGCAGACGGUGUCUUCUGAUCAAAUGCGGUACACCUUUAAGUCGGAUGACUGUAUGGUCAUCACCAUUCCUCUGGGCAGCAUCAAGAAUGUGAGAGACGGGCAGCUGAUGCCCGAGACAUUCACCUGCGUCUUCAAAGAUGCAUACAAGGUGUUUCUCAAAGGACGGCCGAAGGAACUCGGGGCAGCACAAAUCAGCAUUGGAAUAUUUGUUAUUUGUGUCGGCGCUCUUAUAGUUUCUGAAUACGGUCCAUCUCAUUUUACGUACACCUUACCCAGCGCACUGUUUAUUGCAAGUGGCAUUCUAACAUUCGCAGCUGGAAGUUCUCCAUUUAUGCCCGUGGUAAAGCUGUCCUUCAUAUUCAACAUUAUCUCACUUUUCUGGGCCAUUGCCGCUCUAGUUAUGUGCCCGUUAAUGGCUGAUACAUCUGAUAAACACUUGCACCAAAACUCACCAGGCAGCAAGAAUCCCAUGUUUGUUGGAUUGAAGGCAGUGGUCAGUAUAUUGUGUGGUUUUGAGUUGAUUCUCGCACUUGUCCUUAUCUUCUGGGAAAGUAAAGCCGUUUGCAGACCUCACUUCAAUACUCUGCCCUUGAUCACUAUUAAGCAAGAUGUUUGACUGGACCGAUUGGUUGGUGAGGUCGCUACAUCUUGGGAAGAUACAAUAAAUGACCCAGUCACAUAUAUUAUUGUUUGUUUAAUUCUAUUUUUGUCCUGUUGCUCAACUGGUAUAGCAUUGUGCUUGCAAUGCCAAAGUCAUGGGUUCAGUUCCCAGGAAUGCAUGUAUAAUAAAAUGUAUAGUUUAAAUGCACUGUAAGUUGCUUUAGAUAGAAAUGGCAAACGCAUAUAUGUAAAUGAAAUCCAUUAUAAGCUUGAUUCAUUCUGUAGUAUGUGCUCACAUUAAAAUACUACCAUUAUAUCUCUUAU